AUGGAGAGCAACUUUGAUAUGAACAAUAUGACCGUCGAGCAACUUAUGGCACUUAGUGAGAUAGUUAAUGAUAGCGACUACGAGGAAAGCUUUGAGGAUGAAGUGAUGAAAAUCUCAGAGGACAAGUUCUACCGUGUCAAACCAAAGGACAAGGGAGAGAACGUCUUCGCUGAAGAAAAGCUUUUCAUUGAUGAAGGUGAUAGAGCUACAGAUCCUAAGAAACCGAGAAGGCUACCAUUAAACUACAAGGGCAAGAGAGGAAUAAUGCCGACGUGGAAGUAUUCUGAGAGGCAGAAGGCAAAGGCCGUACUAGUUGAGGAAGCAUAUCAGAGUUUACUUAGCAGAGGAGUCAAAGGUUUACCACCGACAAUGGGAGGUAGAUGGAGAACCGAUGAUCCUCAGGUAAACGCUGAGAUGAAGAGGCUAGAAGACCUUAGGAACCCUAAGCGUCCAAGAGGCAGACCACCAAAGGCUAAGGUUGAAGGUGAAGUAACCACCAAAAGAAGUGGUAGACCACCAAAGGCCAAGGUUGAAGGUGAAGUGAUUCCUAAGAGAAGAGGUAGACCACCAAAGGCCAAGGUUGAAGGCGAAGCGAUUCCUAAGAAAAGAGGUAGACCGCAAAAGGCUAAGGCUGAGGUUGAAGUGGUUCCUAAGAGAAGAGGUAGACCACCAAAGGCCAAGGCUGAUAAAACCAAGGAAGUUGCUGUUCCCAAGAGAAGAGGUAGACCACCAAAGGCUAGAAAACAGACUGUGGCAGAAAGAUUCAUAAGUCAGGGUCAAAUAAGACUAUCAGUUCUUCAGACAGUGUGAUAACACAGGUGGGACCAAAUAAGUUCACGGUGACAGUGGAUCUUAGCAAGAAACCCACAAGAAAAGCUCCUGAAGUGCCAAAAGGUGUGACUCCAUGGAAACCAACACCAAAGCCAAGAACUGUUAUUCCUAAGGAAAGACCUGUUCCGAAACCCAGGACUAAGAUCAUUAGGGAAAGACCUGUUCCGAAACCAAGGACUAAGAAGCCAGUGCCUCCUCCAAAGUUACGGAAGCCUGUAAAAGUGACUAAGGAAGUUGAGGAGCAGCCUGCAGUGGUUACACCUGAGGAACAUGAGAUUGAUCCGUUUGGAACAUACCUUAAUAAGCCUUCAUAUAGGAAAAUAGAAACUGCCGCAAAUGGAGCAGCUGUAACAUACUCAAUAACUCCCGGCUAUAUGGACCCAUUAGACCAGAUGACAGCAAGUAGGCAGGUGGUGAGGGAAAUACUAGCAAAAGAGUUGAAGAGAAUGGGAGGUCUGAAAUACACGGAAACAAUCAAGGUGAGAAUGUCUAAGGAAGUUGGUAAUGACAAGACAAAGAAGGAUUCAAUUUACUUCAAGUCUAGAACUGGAACUGCAACAAACUUUGAGGAUAUCGAAAGAACUGCAGCACAAAGCCAACUGACAAUAUUAUCCAGAAUUGAGACAUUCCAAAACCUAGGCUCAAAUUGGAUUAUACUAAACAUUGAGAGCCACUACGUUAAUAUCGCAAUGUAUAAGCCUCUAAAGGGUAGUUCGUAUAUGAAAUUACCCGCAGACAUUAGUAAUCCAAAAUGUGGUCUAAUUAACAUGAAAAAUGAAGAUAACAGAUGCUUCAUGUGGAGUCAUGUGAGACAUGUGAGACCGAAGGCCAGGAGAGCAACUACCAUAACACGAAAGGAUGUUAAGUUCUCGGAAAACUUAGACUAUGAAGGAAUAGACUUCCCAGUGAAGAUAAGCGACAUUGAUAAAAUUGAGAGGAAGAAUUCAAUAAGCAUAUCAGUGUUCGGCUAUAAGGGUAAAAAGCAGUUCUACCCAAUCAGAAACUCUAAAACAAAAUAUGACGAGCAUAUGGAACUGUUACUCUUAGGUGAUGGUAAUGGAAACAACCACUAUGUCCUAAUAAAAGACAUCAACAGAAUGCUGUACAGUGUAAGUGGAUACGAACAUAAGAAGCACUUCUGUCUGUACUGCCUACAUAGUUGCAAGAGUGAGGAGCUGCUGAAGAAACACAAGGAGACAUGUCUUGAGGUAAACGGAACUCAGGCCACAAAGCUUCCAAAGGAAGGUACGAAAAUAAAGUUCAAGAAUCAUAGGAACUCAAUGCCUGCACCGUUUGUAAUAUACGCCGACUUUGAGUCUAUGUUGGUACCUGAAGAGAGAAAAGUCGACUCAGAAAGCUCCGAGGAAAAAAGUACUACAGACCUCUACCAGACCCACAAGGCUUGCAGUUUUGGUCUUAAAACAGUCUGCCACUAUGAUGAUCAGUACUCAGGUGAAUACAUAAGUUACGUUGGUGAGGAUGCCACAAAUGUCUUCCUGAAGACGGUACUGAAGGAGUCCAUAAAGUGUCGGGAGAUGGUGAAUAAAAUAUUCAAGAAGAAGAUGGUAAUUACACCUGAGCAAGAAGCUGAGUUCUGGAUGACGCGGAACUGCUCCAUAUGUGGUAACGACUUAGGAGACGAUAGAGUGAGAGACCAUGAUCAUGUAACUGGAAUGUAUCGUGGAGCUGCUCAUAAUAUGUGCAAUCUUAAGUACAGAAUUACAUGGAAAGUUCCGGUGGUCUUCCAUAACCUAAGAGGUUACGAUAGCCAUCUAAUAAUGCAGGAGAUUGGGAAGUUCAAGAUGAACAUUAAUGUUGUCCCAAAUAAUAUGGAAAAAUAUAUUUCCUUCUCACUUGGUAAAAGUCUCGUGUUCAUUGACUCAAUACAAUUCAUGGCUUCUUCCCUAGAAGCACUUGUGAGUAACCUUUCACCCGAAGACUUCAGGAUAGUUGGUAAGAGGUGGGCUGGUGAGGACUUCAAGCUCGUGACUCAGAAGGGAAUAUUUCCAUAUGAAUAUUUGGACGACAUUAGUAAACUUGACACUGAGGGUCUUCCAAGUAGGGACAAGUUCUACUCUUCGCUGUAUGAGUCAAAGGUGAAAGAGGAAGAUUACCAAAGAGCUUUGAAAGUCUGGGAUCACUUUAAGAUGAAGACUAUGAGAGACUACCACGAUCUCUACCUGGAAACCGACGUUCUUCUUCUGGCUGAUGUCUUUGAAAACUUUAGAAGAACUUGCUUGGAAAAUUACAAGCUGGACCCGGCACAUUACAUAUCAGCACCGAGUCUAAGUUGGGACGCAUUCCUAAAACAGUCAGGUGAGGAAAUAGAACUGGUGAGCGAUAUGGACAUGUUCCAGUUCUUCGAGAAGGGAAUGCGAGGUGGGAUAAGUCAUAUUGCCCACAGACACUCUGAGGCUAAUAAUAAGUACAUGGAAACGUAUGACGAAGAGUCUGAAAACAAGUUCCUUAUGUACCUCGACGCCAACAAUUUAUAUGGCUGGGCAAUGUCACAAUCACUCCCUAACGGUGAGUUUGAGUGGAUUGAAAACCCUGACGAAAUAAACUUAGACGAUUACACUGAAGACGGUAAAAGGAGUAUGGUUCUGGAGGUUGACAUGGAAUAUCCAAAGGAACUUCACAACUUACAUAACGGUUAUCCGCUAGCACCGGAGAGUAAGGAGAUAGGUGCAUCAAUGUUGUCAGACUACGCAAAAAGUAUUGCUGAUAAAUUCCAGCUGACAAUUGGAGGAGUAAGAAAACUGGUAAACUCACUUGGUCCCAGGAGAAACUACGUCCUACAUAUUCGUAAUCUUAAACUGUACAUGGAGCUUGGAAUGAAACUCACAAGGGUACACAGAGCUGUUUCAUUUAAACAAACCCCCUGGCUUAAGAAUUACAUAGACUUCAACACAAGGAAGCGGUCAGUUGCACGAAACACCUUUGAGAAGAAUUUCUUCAAAUUGAUGAACAACUCAAUUUACGGAAAGACUAUGGAAAAUCUUAGAAAAAGAGUUGACGUGAAAUUGGUGUCAUCGGAAAAUGAUCUACUAAAACUCACAGCGUCUCCGUGCUUCCAGUCACAUAGAAUUAUGAACGAAAACUUAAUAGUUGUGAAACAGACGAAGGAAGUUCUAACUCUAAAUAAACCUUGCUACGUUGGGAUGAGUAUCUUAGAUUUAUCAAAGACUCUUAUGUAUGACUUCCACUACAACACGAUUAAGAAGGAGUACGGUGACAGGUCAAAGCUGCUGUUUACAGAUACGGACAGUCUCAUGUAUGAAAUAAAAACCGACGACGUGUAUGAGGACUUCAGGAGGAUCGGUGAAGAGCAGGACUGCUGGGACAACUCAGAUUAUCCAAAAGAUUCCCCGUACUACUCAGCUCACAACAAGAAGGUGAUUGGUAAGUUUAAGGACGAAGCUGGAGGAGUACCAAUUACUGAAUUCGUUGGGUUGAGGUCGAAGAUGUACUCCUACACAAAGGAAAGUGGUGGAGGUGGAAUGACUGCUAAAGGAGUGAAAAAGUACGUGAUCAGAAACAAGCUCACUCACGAAAACUUCAAGAAUGUAAUUAAGACAAGAGGCUUGAUGAGACAUAAGAUGAACACGAUCAGAUCCGUCAAACAUAAAAUUGGAACUUACGAACUGAAGAAAAUUACACUGAGUUGUUUCGAUGACAAACGGUAUUUACUUGAAGACGGAAUUACAAGUUACGCGUACGGACACCACUCAAUAGAAAAUUAAAUACGAUAAUAAAGAUUAGAAUAAUAGAUAGGAAAAUUACACAAAAAAAUACAAAGGAAAAAAUGGUCUGGAAAAAAAAAAAAAAAUGGUCUAGAAAUAUGAGCCCUAGCAUAUGAUAAUAAUUCUUGUAAAUAAUAAUGCUGAAAAAUAAUAGAAAAAUAAUAGAAAAAAUAACGCCAAAAAAUAAUAGAUAAAAAAUACCAAAAAAUAAUAGAAAAAAAUGGUCUAGAAAAAUAUGAGCCCGCGUUUUCGAGGGAAAAAUAUGGAAACCGCUGACCGGAAGUUGGGUGAGAUCGCGGGCCGAAAAAAUGGUCUAGAACCGCUACUUCCUAUACUACUCUAGAUAUUAAGAAUGAUCAUCGAAUCAACGCAUACCCCAAAACAAACUGAUAAAAAUAAUUGAGUUGACUAUUAUUUAAUGAUACACAUACAUCAGAAUAUGCAGGUAAUGAUGCCAGUUUUAAAAGGACACAAUGUUUUUCAUUUUCAUUUCCACAAGAAAUAAAAAGCGUCAACAGUGAACCAUUCCAUGCUUGAAACUGUUCCGUCGUAGCCCAUGUCGUAGCAAACUAAACCCGGUUUUUUAAAAUAAAAAUUAUUAAAUAGAGAAAUUGAACUAUCAGUUUACAACAUUUAUAAAAUUCGAAUUGAACAGACUUCUGUUCAUUGCACUGUCGCCCCAAUGGCCACGUUUGCAUGUGGUUAUCUGCUCAUGUUUAUUGUACAAUGAGGAUAAGUUUGUGAUUGGUCUCAAGAUCAAAGAGCAAUAUAUGCGUGCACGAGACAUGGGGAUAUAAACUUCAUGUGCGCUUGUCACAGCCUCGUCCCCGGCGCGUGAAGGUCUCUCAGGAGAAACACGCGUGGGCGGGAGAAGGGGAAAUGGCGCGUCGCAAACCCCACGCACGUACUGGAGCCUGGUGACGAGGCUGCGCUUGGCAUGCUAAAACGGGCUAACCCGUUUUUCAAAAUUACAAAGGUAAUUAGCAGAGUAAUUUGGAAAAUUCCAAAUGAGUUAGAAACUCAAAAUAGGAACGCUUCACGUAGUUUACCUGUAACUCUAUUAUAUUGCCUCUUUGGUUGUUGAUAGAGAAAAUAUUGUCUGCAUCGUAUCUCCAUUCUGUCUGGCCAUCUCGAUUGAAUUUAAAUUCCUUGUUUACUUCGCAAUGGUGAUCAUUAUCUUUAAAAAUUGGAGCAGAUAUGCUCAGUUUGGGCAUGAUUAUACUGUAAUUAAGGUAUUUUAUGAAAGAGCCAUCAGAGAAACGAUAACAGCCUGUGAAAAGAAUAACAAAUGAGAAAUACUUAAUCAUGCUUCCAUCAACAAAUAUAUUUGACAUUCAUUAUUUUUUUAGACACGUAUAAUAUACUACACCUUUGUAGGUUGUGCUUAUUUCACACGUGGUUUCUUUAUUUCUCCAUAGCUGAGGGAACUCCUGUUCUGCUAACUUGUGGGAAAUUGCAUACUCAUUUUGGGAAAUUCCAUAUUCACUAUAUAAAUGCAAAACUCGGCUACCGCCCAAUCCAAUUUCGAUUUCAUUUUGUUCUUCACCAAAAUCUGAUUCAUAUUUGGCCCAUUCAGUGCACUGCAUUGUUUGCCGUUUAUUGGUGGUAUUACAUUGUCUCAUGAUCAUUUUUUCCCAUUGCCUCGUCUUUGCAUGCAUUCAAGAGUUUUAACAUUUAUAAGUCUAUUUCCUGUAGCGGUCCAUAUCCAUAUCCAAAGCAUAUCGAGAGUAGCCAUUGCUGGGCAACUUGUCCCAAUGACAUUAACAUUGCUUGA